GCCCUGAAGAUCUACAGGGAUAAAAAAUCAAAAUUCAAGAAGACUUGGUUCACCGACAGGGGUGGUUCACAGAGGCGGGCAGAACUGCAGGGUUAACCUUCGUAUAGGAUGCCUCCACAGGUAUGGAGUUAUCUACUGGGUUACUGGACCAGCGACCCCGGAUGAUUGCUGCCCAAAGAAACACGACAAACAGGCAGCAACAAGAUAAUAUUGUCAGUACUCACGAUCGGCAGUCAUACGCUCAGCGUGAAUGGCGUUACGCUGAAGAUAAUGAGAGGCGACGUGAGGAGCCGCUUGAGUUCUAUUUGCGGGCCCACACGAGACGAGAUGGGACGGUGCAGAACGCAGUUAUGCCCAUUUAUGAGCGGCUUGUUGAUACCCACCAUAGACUUUCCCAAGUGCCCAAUACCCCCACCUACGCAGACAUUUGUGGACGCUUUAGGGACCCGAUCGGGACAUACUCGUGUGGUUGGGCGUGUCGUUAGGGGAACACGUGGACUAAAUGUCCCCCUCCCGGAGGAUAUAGAGGAACCUCUCCCAGCCUAGCAGUCAUCGUCCUUUAACGUGAGUGAUAUGUUCGCCCAGGUUAGCCCUUGGAGCCAGGCAUCAUUCCAGGCCGGGCCUAGCACGUCAUCAUCCCAGGCUGGGCCUAGCACGUCACGGGCCCACACACAGCGGUUGGGUAGUGAUAGUGAUAGUGAAAGUGAUUAGUUUUUAAUUUUACGAACUUGUUCGUUUAUGUAUGUAUUCAUGGUUUAACUGAAGUUCGAUUUCCUUUUAUAAUCUUCAUUUGCGUGA